CAGUCACGUGACCGCGCAGUUUCAAGAUGGAGACGGGGCCACUGGGAAGCUCCAACGGUUAGCUUGUUAGCUCGUUAGCUCGUCGACUGCAAACCCCCGCGAAAAUGGCAAACGUCAGCUAACCCCGAGGCGCUAAUGUGGCAGCGCACGAUGAGGAUGAGGUAAACACGGGAAAGCAGCGCAGGAACUUUCACGACUCGAGGAGGAGGAAAACUGUCAAUGGUCGUCAGCACCAAAACAAACCAGUUGUGACAGAGAGGAUAUCGAUAUGGCGCUGAGGGAGCUCAAAGUGUGUCUCCUGGGGGAUACUGGCGUUGGAAAGUCAAGUAUUGUUUGGAGAUUUGUGGAGGACAGCUUUGACCCAAACAUCAACCCAACAAUUGGGGCGUCCUUCAUGACCAAAACGGUGCAAUACCAAAAUGAACUACACAAGUUCCUGAUCUGGGACACAGCGGGGCAGGAGCGGUUUCGUGCUCUGGCACCGAUGUACUACAGAGGUUCGGCAGCAGCCAUCAUUGUUUAUGACAUCACAAAAGAGGAGUCCUUCCAAACACUGAAGAACUGGGUGAAGGAGCUGCGUCAGCACGGGCCUCCUAACAUUGUGGUUGCCAUCGCUGGCAACAAAUGUGACCUGUCUGAUGCCAGGGAAGUGCCAGAGAGAGAGGCCAAGGAUUAUGCUGAUUCCAUUCAUGCCAUCUUUGUAGAAACCAGCGCCAAGAACGCCAUUAACAUCAAUGAGGUGUUUAUAGAGAUAAGUAGGCGGAUCCCCGUUGUAGAGGCAGCAGGAGGCACUUCAGGAAAAGGUUUCAAACUGGGACGUCAGGCCUCAGAGUCUCGCAGGACGUGCUGCUGAUGAUGCCGGUGACUGUUCCCACAUGACCUAUGACCUGACCUUUGCUUAUUCUCUGCGUCCCCGACCUGCCUCAGCUUACAGCUCUACACGCCCUCAGACAUCCUGCCGGCACUGUUAUCCGGGUGCGGCAGUGUCACUCUGAUCAUGAUAGUAAAUGCAUUUUUAAAGCACUUAAAGCAACACUAUGUAACUUUUACAGAGAAACAGCGCCCCCCUGCAGCCACGUGUGAUGAUAAAUUCCGAUUUAGCUGGAGCUUUAACUGCGUAGUCCCACUCACAACACACAACUGAACGGUUAAUAUUACAAGUGAUGCUUGGCUUCUUGAAGCUGCUUUAACAACUACACCGAACUCUUGUGUAGAAUUCCUCAUAUUUUAAAAGUUUCUUGACGGAAAAUUAAACAUAAACUGUAGUUUUUAAUGACUUCGAAGUCUUUUUAACAGAUCUGCAGUUCAGCAGUUCACCGUGAUUCUGACAAUUUAAGCUGCGACGAUCAGUCACUUAAACACAGGAGGUCGUCACAUAGAGCAAGAAGAGAGGUUCAGGGUGAGGAGUGGAAAUUCUCCCUAUUCCAAGUCAAUGAACCAUCAAACUAAUGUGGAAGCUGCUAUUUCAAGGUAAUAAAAAAUACAUAGUGUUGCUUAACAAUAGCAAAUCAUCAUGUGUCAUCUGUAAGUUGCUUGCAGGUGAAAUACUUUCAGAGCACAGACAAACAUAGUUGCACAAACACACACACAGACAUUCUGGCUUCUAUAAUGUACUCCAGUCUCUAUAUGGUUUGGUGUAGUCUCAUGUUGACCAGAGGCUCAUCAGAUUUAUUCAGAAGUGACUUGUAGCUGUAAAUUUGUACAAAUAUAUUAUCUUUCAACAAAAAGUUAAUUGACAAUGUUUAAAUCUCAACCUCAGAUUAUUCUGAUAAUAUUUAAGUUAUUGCCUUUAUUUUCCUGGGAGACCUUUCCCCCAAAUUUCUCAGCGUUAUGAAGGAUCCAUUUUUAUAAUUAAUGUGUAUCAUCAAUUAUUAAUUAGAUAUUUCUGAUCAAAGAGAUCAAUGUUUGUACCAAUCUCUCAUCUUAACGUUGGCUUGAAGGAUAAAAGUCAAGAAAGAGGGUGCAGGCUUGACUUACAUUUGUUUUCAUCAAAGCAAAAUAUCAAAAUGGUGUUUUGAUCUCAGCCAAAAUCAAACAGUUGAAUAUGCAGAAAAAAAGGUGUGUAUACAUCUGCUUCCUUUUAAUGAUAAAGGAAUGGUUCACCAUUUUUGGAAGCACUCUUGAGAUGAGAAUAUUGAUAGCUCUCUUACAUCUGCAUAGCUCAACAUGAAGACUAAGCCAGCCUAUCUGUUAUCACCUCUUUGUCUUAAUGCUAAGCUACGCUAACCAAAUGUUUGUUAUCUCCUUCUAAUGAAUGCUCAGAUGCGAGAGUGGUCUUGAUCUUCUCAUCUAACUUUCCACAAAGUUAAGAAGCAUAUUAUCCAAUCUAUUCCUUUAAAUCUUGAAUUAGUGGUUCUCUCUCAUUUGUCGUUCAGGAUAUUUUGAUCGUCACUUGCCUGCAGACGAUAACAAUAACUUAAAAUUGCUGUAAAACGUAAUCUCACUUUUGAGAGCAACCCAACCGUCCUCGUGUCCCAGUGACGGAGCUUUAAUCAGGGCUGAAAUCUCUGACUCUGUUGGUUGUCUUGAAGCUGAUUAUAAGCGAACAGUUCCAGCUGCUCACAUGUGUUCCACAUUUCCACUUGUAAUUGCUGAAGAGCCAUGAACAGGCAUGUGGAUGAUGUACCCCACAGUGCACAGAGAAUCCCGCCGGUUGUUUCCAAACAUUACUCCAACUUAAUUUUUCUUAAAUCUCCUGUCUCUCUGCAGACCUUCGCUGCUACUCACUAAAAAUUUUACAGGCAAGGCCAGUUUUUCUGAGGUAUUGCCAAAUUCUUUAAUUGUGCGAUAAAUAUUUUUCAUUCUCCCCCGGGUCACAUAUACAAACUUGCUUUACUAGCUGCCCUGUGAUGGAAACAAUACGAGAUCUGAAAACUCGACCUCGUUCAGAGGAAGCUCAGAUUUUUGGAGCUUAAAUCUCCCCUCAGCAGAAGUUUAUAGGUGGAGAAUCAGAUGUAACACUGUGUUGACAUGCUGACCCCUUAAUGAACCUUUGUUUCCAUUCCGCUCUGUAUGCACUUUUUUCCAGCGUCUGCUUUCUGAAUUUCCUCUCUCUUCUGUGCUUUUCACCUAAAUGACAAACUCAUUGUCGGGCCAGAUUUCAAUCAUGGUACAGUUACAGCUUUCACAGAGCCACAUCAUCACCCGCUUUCUCUGUGAUCCUUAUUUUAUGUUACAGCAAUCUCAUUUGCCUCUGAUAUUGUUUGAACUUCAGCAGCAGUGGAUCAAUGAGCCCACACUGACUUAUUCAUUCUGUGUAAUUUCAUGCUUCCCUGGAUUAGCUCGUUCAGUCCAAAAACCUAUUUUCAAACUUGCCAAAAGAAAUGCAGAUAUGGUCUUAAUUAGACUGCAUCCGCACAUUUAUCCACGUGAAUGGAGUCCUUUUCUGUCAGCGCAUGACACUUACUUUGCCUUUGAGCAUAUUAAUGUAACUGAUGAGUACUGUGCUGAGUAGCGCCGCCUUAUCUUUCAGGAUGAUUUUUUCUGUGGCGUGCAAUAGUUGUUAUAAUGACAAAGGUAAAAUGUGACCUAAUCGGAGACAAUAGUUACAGAGUGAUGUGUUCACACAGAAAAGCAAAGGCUUGUGCAAAAGAUCUCCAACAGGAUAAUGACAGGUUUAUAUGUACCUCAUUGUAUGUGUAUUUGGUGACCGGUUUGCUCAUCCAUCAUAUGACAGAGAGUCCAAACACUCUUCUGUCUUUGAUAAUUCACCCAGCAUGACAUCAUGAUAGCAACACUCGCUACAAAACCUCAGCAAUCACAUUAAGAAGGGAAUCACUUCAGCUGCACUUUUGACUCACUGACUUUGUAUUAAUUGGCUCCUAAUACGAACUAACGCUGUCUGCAGCAUGUUAAUAUGCCUGUGAAACACUUUAUGAAACAUUCUUGCACGGGUGUCAGACUUUCUUUAAUAUCCCAUGGUGUUAUUUUAAGGUUUUGACUGUUUGCUCAGCUCGUAUUGCGAUGAAGACGUUGGUGCCAAAUAAUGUCAAAACUAUUUUACUAAAUCAUGCAUAAUUAACCAUUUUUUAUUGUUGUAAUAUAAUGAGUUAAAGUACUAAUCGCAUAAAAUGCUAAAAAAAUAUUUGAGUUCUGAUAAUGAUGACAUGUUUCCCCCUCAAUUGGAAACAGGAGGCAUGAAUAGUGUUUGCCAAUUUUGCAUUGAAAAAUACCAUUAGUCUCGGGCUGGCCCUGGGAAUGUGAUUAAUCUAUAUUGUGUAUAUUUUUCAGUGUAGAUAAAUACCAUCAGAUUGCACACAAAUCAAUGACUCUAUUCUAGUUUAAGCCAGUUGUGUGACCACAGUGGACUUGUUCACCAUUUGCAGUGACACCAUCUGAACUGUAGUCACCAUAUUUAGCUUUUUAUUAAAUUUCAUAUUGAUUGUAACAAAAUACCUGAGAACUUUUGUUUGCUGUGUAUUUCCAAAUGUGUAAAAAGGGAAUCGUCAAUUGUUUACUAAUAAAAGAUU